AUGAUCCAGCACCUCGCGGAGUGGGACGGUGUAUUGGCGGUGGUGGCCGAGCCGUACAGUGUCCCCGACCACCCGUCGUGGGCAGGAUGGGAAGACGGCCUGGUCGCCACGUACUUCAGGUACGGCACGCGCGACGAGGCCGUCGUCUUCUCUCCGCUGGAGAGGGGCGACNGUUUCGUUGCUGUACAGUGGGGGGAACUGGCCGUUAUCGGGGUGUACUUCUUGCNAUCGAGGCCCUUCCAUGAGUUCCAACAAUUCGUGGGCGAGCUCGAGUUAGUCGUUAGGAGACACUCGGCGCGCCAAAUGUUGAUCCUGGGNGACUUUAACGCCAAGUCUCAGACUUGGGGUUCCCCCAGGACCUACGGCAGGGAAAGGGUUCUUGAGGACACAAUGGCGGCCUGCGGGCUCACAAUCGUAAACGUGGGCUCGCAACACACGUGCGUCAGGCAAGGUGGGGGCUCGAUCGUUGACGUCACGUUUGCAUCGGCCCCUCUAGCCGCGCGCGGAGUGUCCGAGUAG